CAUUCUUUUAUUUUCGAUAUAACACAAAAAAAAAUAAUAUGGCUGGAAAAGUAUACGUCAUUGGUGUUGGUAUGUCUAAAUUCAUCAAACCCCGUGGGGAAAUUGAUUAUCCUGAAUUUGGACUGGAAGCUGCUGUCAAGGCACUAAUUGACGCCAAUAUUACAUAUGACAAGGUGGAAUUUGCCACUUGUGGUUAUGUUUAUGGUGAUUCCACAGCAGGUCAAAGAGUACUCUAUCAGCUUGGUAUGACUCAGAUCCCCAUCAUCAAUGUGAACAACAACUGUUCUACCGGUUCUACGGCUUUAUUACAAGCUCGAAAUGCUGUUGCAUCUGGUUCAGUAGAAUGUGCUAUGGCUCUUGGUUUUGAACGUAUGGCACGUGGUUCUUUGUCUUCUGCUUUCACUGACCGAACCAAUCCUCUAGAUCAUGUUACUAUGGUUAUGGCUGAUGAAGUUGGUUUUGAUCCUAAGGCUCCUCCUGCUGCUCAAUUCUUUGGUAAUGCCGGUAUCAGUUACAUGGAAAAAUAUGGCGUCACUUCUCGUCAUCUUGCCAAGAUUGCUGAAAAGAAUCAUCGCCAUAGUGCUCGUAAUCCUUAUUCUCAAUUCCGUGAUAUUUAUACCCUUGAACAAAUCGAACAAUCUCCUAAAGUGUAUGGACCUUUGACUAAACUUCAGUGUUGUCCCACCUCUGAUGGUGCUGGUUGUGCCAUUGUGGCCAGCGAAGCUUUUGUCAAGAAACAUGGAUUAUGGGAUCAAGCAGUGGAAAUUGUUGCUCAAGUCAUGGCCACUGAUUCUCCAAAAAUGUUGUCCACAGAUCCUAUAGAAUGGGCUGGUGUUGAUAUGACUCGUCGUGCUGCUGAACAGGCUUUUAAGAUUGCUGGUAUUACUUCCAAUGAUGUACAAGUGGUGGAACUUCAUGAUUGUUUCUCUGCCAAUGAACUGAUCACAUAUGAUGCUCUUGGUUUGACUGCUCCUGGUAAAGCUCAUACUUUGAUUGAUUCUGGUGAUAAUACCUAUGGUGGAAAAUAUGUAGUCAAUCCUUCUGGUGGAUUGAUUUCCAAAGGUCAUCCUCUUGGAGCUACUGGUUUGGCUCAAUGUAGUGAACUUGUAUGGCAAGCACGUAAUUGGGCUGGUGAUCGUCAAGUUCCUAACGUCAAAUAUGCACUACAACAUAAUGUUGGUUUAGGAGGUGCUGCUGUAGUAGCAAUCUAUAAGAAAGCAAGUGAUAAGUUUACUCAACCUCAUGCUGGUUACAACCCUGCUAUUGAAGCUCGUCCUAUCACUCAAGAAGAUUAUAAUAAGGCCAAAUCAACCAAGCGAGCUCAAUUCUUGGAAGCCAAACUCUAGUAUUAUAGUCUAUUAUUUAUUAGUUUUAAUGAUACUUCUAUUGAAUAAUAAAAAGAAUAUGGUACAAGUUUUAUUUUGAAA